AUGAGCAACCCUCAGGCUUUGGAGGAGGAGGUAUACGACAUGUCAGGCGCCCGCUUAGCCCUGACACUGUGCGUCACCAAAGCCCGGAAAGGUUCGGAGGCAGACUUGGACGCCCUGGAACGCAUGUUCCAGCAGCUGGGAUUUGAGAGCACCAUGAAGAGAAACCCCACCGCCCAGCAAUUCCAGGAAGAGCUGGAAAAUUUUCAGCAGGCCAUGGACGCCCGGGAUGACUUCAUCAGCUGUGCUUUUGUGGUGCUCAUGGCACAUGGGCUGGAAGGUCGCCUCAAAGGAGAGGAUGAGAAGAUGGUUGAACUGGAAAACCUUUUCGAGGUUCUGAACAACAAGAAUUGCCGGGCCCUGAGAGCCAAGCCGAAGGUGUACAUCGUGCAGGCCUGUCGAGGAGAACACAGGGACCCCGGUGAAACAGUAAGUGGAGACAAUAUCGUGAUGGUCGCCAAGGACAGUCCCCAAACCAUCCCAACGUACACGGACACCCUCCACAUCUACUCCACCGUGGAGGGGUACAUCGCAUACAGACAUGACAAAGAGGGCUCCUGCUUCAUCCAGACUCUGGUUGACGUGUUCACAGAGAGGAAAGGACCCAUCCUGGAGCUUCUGACAGAGGUGACCCGGCGGAUGGCAGAAGCAGAGCUGAUUCAGGAAGGAAAAGCAAGGAAAGUGAAUCCCGAGAUCCAAAGCACCCUUCGGAAACGGCUCUAUCUGCAAUAG